AUGUCAAGUUGGGCCGCGCCCCUAAACAACAUCAUGAUCCAACAGGUAGGAGUGACGUAGGUGAGAGGACAUUCAUGUCGCCUUCUGGCGGAUCAGGAGACAGAGAAAGAUGUUGGUCAGAAGAAGAAGAAGAAGAAGAAGAAGAAGAAGAAGAAGAAGAAGAAGAAGGAGAAGGAGGAGGAGGAGGAGGAGGAGGAGGAGGAGGAUGAGCAGGAGACUGUUCCUCGCGAGCUUGUGGGAGCACAAAACCAUUGCCGUUGCAGUUGCGGUCUCCGGCGUCCAAGAACGCCCUCACGCCCAACGUGGUCUGUGCCGAUGCAGGCAUUCAAGCCACCAGGGCAGGCAGUUUGUCCGCCUUCGGCACAGUGGCUUGGAUGGAUUGCACAUCUUCGUAGCACUUGUUCUUCACGUCAUCGAAGUCGAUCGCCUCGAAGAGGGACGUAG